AUGGGUGAACAUGUAAAGACAUGGUUUGCAAAUGCUAGAAGGCAAAUGAAAAGCAAAAAGAAGAAACUUUUCCAGGAAACUAGAGCUUCCAUCAUCAAUCAAAAAGAUAAAAUUCAUACAACAAACACUGAGCAGCACCAGGUUCAGUCUGGAGGCUUAUUUGAAGCAUCAACCUCUAAAACAGUUCAAAAUCUACAAGAUGUAGCAUAUUGCAAGGAUCAUCAAGAACUGGUGGCUCCACAUUCACAGCAGGGUCUGAAAGUACAAAGUAUCCCAUUCCGAGGGAAUUUAGCAGUCUUACAAGGGAACACAUGCCCAAGAGAUCCUGCAUUCCUUCAGAAAAAUAGCCAUGAGGAGAAGCCUGCUGUGCUUCAAGAUAACAGCUUUCAGGCUGCAACUACAGAUUUUCAAAAAAACGACUACCAGGGUGAUUGGGAAAGCCCAUUUAUUACAGCAAUGAGUUACCAAGAAACCCCCUGUUCAACAGUUUGUGAGCCACAAAAGCAACCUGAAAACACCCCUCCAGAUGCUAGCUCGGACUUGUCAGAUCAUGCAGUCCCAUAUGUCCUCAACAUAAGCAAUUUAAAUGUCAGAAGAAUGAAGGAACCAGAUCAGCUUCAACUGGAAAUUUUGGACUUAACAGAGGUACUUUUGGAUGACAUUUCUACAGGCCAAACUGCCCAGGAUGAAAGUGAACCAAUUACCCUGCUCGAUCAUAGCAAUAUCUUUUCUACCCAACCUUUUAUCACUUAUGCUGAAGAAAGGACCCUGGUGACUAGCAGAGCGGACUCCAUCACACACUUGAGUAACCCAACCACACAGUUGACUGCCACAUGCAGUGAUGGUUCAGUUACAAGUCCUAUGACAAUUUCUGAAACCCUACAUGAAGGAGAUGCAAGUUCAGCACCCUUAGAUCAACCACUGGCUACAGGUUUCACUGGGUCAGACCAGUCAGUUCAGGUACAGGAUGUGACAACACUACCAAACUUUAAUAUCACACAAUGUACAUUAGAGGGAUGGAAUGGAGUCGCUACGCCAUCUCCAUCCACUUACCAAUCCAGUAGUGUACACCACAGCAAAGAUAGCCACAGAUCUAAGCCUAAGUUCACCCCAUCUGGUAAGAUGUCAACCAGAUCUACACCAGAAACACUAUCCACACAAAAAAAACCAAAUACUCCACUCUCAGUCUACCAGCCAUAUACUAUUGCUCCUUUCUACCAGUCACCACUGAAGGCUGGGACUCAUGGGCCUACUACAUCAAUGAACAGACUGGAAGCUAUGGAUCUUGAUAAAAAACUGGAGCAGGACUCAGAGCUGUUACAAAUGGUCCCCAACUUCUCAAAGAGGCACCACACUCAAAGUCCUGGCAAAAACCCGACUUUAGAAACAGAGACAAUUUUUAGAACCAAAAACAAUGAAAACAAAAGGAGAAAGAUGGAGAAAGGGCACAUGAUGAAGAUACAUAAAGAUGCAAGACAACAUGACACACCUACCACUCCUCUUCUUAGAGAUGCUGAGCAACAAGAAAUAGCUCAAGUUUUACUCGACUUGGCAAUGAAUUAUAACAGCCCAAACAACCAGGGAUCACCAACUUAAUCAAAAGAGUAAGAAAGAGUUCCAUUUUUACUGGUCCCAUUAAUGUAAUAUAGUAUAUUUUAUAUAAUUAGGAAUUUAAACAUUUUGAAUUGCACUGU